CAGUAUUGCAGCGGUAACGCCUGGGCGUUGCUUCAGCAGAUAAGCACAAGGCACACAGCAUGUCUGAUAUAAGCAAUCCAUAAAUCAGAACCGAGCUGUUUGAAUCUUUAUUCAGUCUUUCUUAAAUAUUUUUUACAGAUUUAAAUCCAGAGGUCUGCUGUAGGGAGAGUGUGAGUGUCACCUCAUUAGCUUUGUACACAGUUUACAGGAAACCGUAAACGCCAGGAAAGGAGAUCAGUACGACAGAAGACAGAACCAUGAGUGAGAACCAUGAACCCGAAACUCGUGAGGACACCGAGCCCACGGUACCGGCGGAGCAGCCUGAGGGAAACCCCACGGAGGAGCGCUUAAUCGAGCCGGAGGAGGUGAAGCAGGAGAACGGCGGAGAUGGGGAGAGUCAGCGGGCCGCGGUGGAGAAACAGCCCGAGUUUGUACACCCCGAGGGCGGCUGGGGCUGGGUGGUCAUGCUCGCCUCCAUGUGGUGCAACGGAUCGGUGUUCGGAAUCCAGAACGCCUUCGGGAUCUUAUUCGUGUCCCUGCUGAAGGAGUUCGGCUCCGAGAAUGAUGAAGACCUGCGCUUCAGGACAGCAUGGGUGGGCUCUCUGUCCAUGGGGAUGAUAUUUUUCUGCUCUCCAAUCGUCAGCGUGUUUACAGAUGUGUUCGGCUGCAGGAUCACGGCGGUGGGCGGGGCUGCUGUCGGCCUCGUCGGCCUUUUCGCCUCUUCGUUUGUCACGUCUCUGGGCGCGCUGUACUUCACCUACGGCGUGGUGUUUGCGUGCGGCUGUUCGUUCGCGUAUCAGCCGAGCCUCGUCAUCCUCGGACAUUACUUUAAGAAGCGUUUGGGUUUGGUGAACGGUGUGGUGACGGCGGGGAGCAGCGUCUUCACCGUGUCUCUGCCCCCGCUGCUCUCGUCCCUGCUGCUCCGCCUCGGCCUGCACAGCACCCUGCGCGUCCUCUCCGUCCUCAUGUUCCUGCUCCUGCUGGCCGGGUUCACCUACAAGCCCCUCCUCCCGCAGAGGGCGGAGUCAAAGAAGGCCUCGUUAAAGAGAAUCUGUAACGUCCAGAUCUGGAGGAGUCUGAGUUACAGGAUCUGGGCCUUCGGGAUUCCGGCCGCACUCUACGGAUACUUCGUCCCCUACGUCCACCUGAUGAAGCAUGUAGAGGAGCGUUUCGGCACCGAUGCGAAUAAGGAGGUGUUACUGAUGUGUCUCGGCAUCACGUCUGGUGUGGGACGUCUCAUCUUCGGCCGUGUGGCCGACUACGUCCCCGGAGUGUACAAAGUGUUCCUGCAGGUGUCGUCGUUCCUGGUGAUCGGCGUGAUGUCGAUGUUGAUCCCGGUGUGUGACGUGUUCGGGGGUCUGAUCGCUGUGUGUUUACUGAUGGGGUUGUUUGAUGGGUGUUUUAUCUGCAUCAUGGCUCCCAUCGCCUUCGAGCUCGUCGGCUCCGAGAACGUCUCUCAGGCCAUCGGCUUCCUGCUGGGCAUGAUGUCCGUACCUAUGACCGUGGGUCCCCCUAUCGCAGGGUACCUGCGUGAUCGCCUGGGCAGUUACGACGUGGCGUUCUACCUGGCAGGGAUCCCUCCUCUGAUCGGUGGAGCCGUGUUGUGUUUGAUCCCGUGGGUGGAGCAGAGGAAGAGGAGGAAAGAGAGGAAGAAUAAAACCGACGACAGUAUGGCACAGAGCAUGAUCACACACAACGACACGGAGAAGAACAACAAGCUCGAGUCUGUCAUUUGAGUCUCUCUCUCACACACACACACACACACACACACACACACACACUUGGCAUUUCUGAAGAACUCACUGAAUGCAUGUGUCAUGUGUGUUAAGUGUGUUUUUAUAUCUUCGUGACGACCAAAUGUCCCCACAAUAGUUAAGUCAGUGAAAGGUCCUCACAAGGAUAGUAAGACAAACGUGUGUGUGUGUGUGUGUGUGUGUGUGUUCUGUUUUAUUUUAUUCGGAACACCUUACUAUAUAUAUGUCAUGUCUAUAUUAUACAAAAAUCAUAAAUAUAAAAGAAAACCAUAUACGAGUCAUUAUAUAAGUGAAACAUAGACCUUUAAUGAAAUAUACAUUUCACUUUAUAGACUGAUUUCCUCGACUACAGUAAAUCAAAUUUAAUUGGCUUCUUUUUCUUUUUAAAGUCUAUGCAGAAGUUUUACUCAGAACUUUAUACGUCCAUAUUAGGAAUAUUUAUGUCGGAUUUUGUAAAAAAUAUAUAUAUAUAUAUUUAAAUAUCGAAACCAAAGACAUUUUUAAUCGCAGUGUCCGUCCGGUUCCUAAGCUGUAGUAGAAUAUACAAGUCACACUACACCUUUGAUCUGAUUUUAAAUUCUGAUUUUAAAGGCAGUGAUGAAGCAUUAAAGGGAUUCGAACAUAAUUUCACUUUAGUUAUUUAGAUGUUUUUUGUUUUUUUUUCCUGAAGACUGAAAUCGACCAUUUUAAAAAAGAAAGAAAAAACAUUCUCUAUGCAAUGCGGCUACGAAUAUUAAUUCUUUUUUUACGCUAAGUGCCGCUGAUAAAAAUUCAGGGAUGUAAUUAAUCGUUAACUUUAAAAGGGCUGAUCUGGAGGAACAUUAGCACAGCUAGCUUUGUCAAGCACCUCGCUUGUGAUGUGUGUGUGUGUGUGUGUGUGUGUGAUUAAUGACUCGAUCUGUAGGUGUAAAUAUAAUCUACCUCAAUUUUACAUCACAGGCUUUCAGACACAAGGGAAAAUCAUUCAUUUCAUUUUAAAAUCAGUUUUAGAAUUUAAAACAAUUCUGUUGCUCUGAAUCGCAUCGUUACGUUAUUGUUUUAUUAUAUUUUAUUAUUAUAUCAGUGUUCGUGCCUUAACCUGGUCGUGCGAGUCUUUAAUCAACCCCGAGUCUUUGUAUAAUUCGUGUUUAUGUAAUAAAUAAGGAAAACGCUAUAAUCGGAUAUAUUAUUUCAAAUAUUUUUCAAAGAAUAUUCUAUACAUUUUGCUCUUUUUUUCUCAUCUGGUUUCCAAAUAAUAGUAAAAAAAAACAUCUGUAUUUCAGAAUGCGAUAUUUUCAUUUUGUGGUGUUUUCGUGUCCGCGGUCUCAGCGUGUUGUCUUUUAAAAAGGCUUUAUAAAUGUAUUAUUUUGUGUGGGAAAUGAACUGAAUCUUUGAUUUCAUCGUAAAAUUUUUUCGUUUUUAGUGCAGACCUGCGGCGAAACUCAUUUUAUCCUCCUCAUCAUCAUCGCGAUAUUGCGUUAGGGAAAUAUUACUGUCGUGGUGAAGUAUUAUGAGAGACGGUUCUGUCUGCAGUGUUUUAGUAACUUCAGUCAGAAUUACAGGAUUAAUUCUGUCUCUUCAUGUCCUCACGCUGACCUCCAAACCACAACAGGCUUUUUCUCCCACUGAACAUGCUGCCUAAUUAGGCGCCCUCCUCCUGAGCGGGCCAUAAUUUAAAGUGUCCACAGUAACAAUACUGCGAUAUGUUUCUGAAAUGAUUUAUUAGCACAUACCUAGUUCAGUAUUUAUAGAUUUACAAAGCUAUCAUCGUUUGUUUUUGUGUUUUUAUUAACACUCGUACUCUCCUCAUUUCCUGUUUACACUCGUGGUGUUUGGGGGUCAAUAGGAACCCAAACAUUUAUUGAGUGAUUGUAAUGAUAUAUAUAUAUAUAUAUAUAUAUAUAUAUAUAUAUAUAUAUAUAUAUAAAUUCACAAAAUGUGCGUGUGGGUGGACACCACUACUAAUACGGAUUAUUAACAGUUGUUGUUUGUGGAGUAAAUAAACACUUCAAAUCACACUCAGGUAUCAGCAUAAAGGAAAUCAUCACUACCGCUGUGAAAAAUAAUGAACGGCAUGAAUGAAUUGUUUGUAGCUGAACCAAAUGUUUUUAUUUUAGUGUACCAAAAAAAAGGAAUUAAAGCUAAAAACCAAAGUCUCCGUCCUAAAUGCUGGCGUUCCUGACUAGUUAGUGUUUGUAUUAUAAAAUUGGACAUUUCAAAAUUCUGAUGCAGAUGGUGCUUAUUGUUGGAGUUGUUGGAGUUUUCAUUAUAAAUCUCAUUUCAUUAUAAGUCUCUAUAAACUAUGCCAGUCUGGCAAUCCAGUCAUUAAUUAACCAUCUGAGCAUGGGGCAGCGUGACUCCCACCCUAAUGGACCUCUAUUAGCACUUGUUGCAGUUCCAUUUUUUGACCACUAGGUGCAAUAAUAACUCCAUUGAACUAAAUGGGGCCUUUAUGCAACAUCUAUGAAGGCGAGUAAAUCAAAAGAACAUUGGUUUAUAUCUGUCUUACACUCAGAAGAGGUCAUCAGUAUUUCAACCGAAUUCAAAAUGUAUGUUUUCCCACUCUGCCACUCAAAAACGUUGAAGCGAAACGACUUAAAUCCACCACUUCGAGUUGAGUCGGACACAGCCUAAUUCUCAGUUCAUGAGGGAGUGUGUGUAUUACCCAUAAUGCACUGUGACUGGGCAAGUUGUUUACAGUUGCUUUGUGUGUGUAAUGAAAUGAACAUUUGAGACACGGUGUGUUAUUAUCAGUGUUGGUUUGUAUCAGGGCUCCACGCUGCUUUUCUGCAUCAGCUUCAUUGAUGAAACGCAUUGUUCACUGACUGAUUUAUCUUAAUUCUUUAUGAAUCUUUUUUUUUCUUGAUAUCCACUUGUGGGUUGAAUAAUACAAACUGCAUGAUUUUUUUUUUUUUUUUUUUGGAACACUGUACAAAACAAUAAAGAAAAAUCUCAUUUUUAUGAACUGAAA